CUGGGGGCGGGCCUGGGGGGCGCGGAGCCGGCAGCCACGAGCGCGCUUCCCCAGGUCCAGGAAGCUGGAGGAGCUGCUGGAGAAGAGCUUCUCGCUGGUCAAGAUGCCGUCGCUGCAGCCAGUCGUGAUGUGCGUCCUCAAGCACCUGCCCAAGGUCCCCGAAAAGAAGCUGAAGCUCGUGAUGGCUGACAAGGAGCUGUACCGCGCGUGCGCCGUGGAGGUGAAGCGGCAGAUCUGGCAGGACAACCAGGCGCUCUUUGGGGACGAGGUGUCGCCUCUGCUGAAGCAGUACAUCCUGGAGAAGGAGAGCGCGCUCUUCAGCGAGGGGCUCUCUGUGCUGCACAACUUCUUCAGCCCCUCGCCCAAGGCGCGGCGGCAGGGCGAGGUGGUGCAGAAGUUGACGCAGAUGGUGGGGCGCAACGUGAAGCUGUAUGACAUGGUGCUGCAGUUCCUGCGCACGCUGUUCCUGCGCACGCGCAACGUGCACUACUGCACCCUGCGUGCCGAGCUGCUCAUGUCACUGCAUGACCUGGACGUGGGUGACAUCUGUACCGUGGACCCCUGCCACAAGUUCACCUGGUGCCUGGAUGCUUGUAUCCGCGAGCGCUUUGUGGACGGCAAGAGAGCGCGGGAACUGCAGGGCUUCCUGGACGGCGUGAAGAAGGGCCAGGAGCAGGUCCUGGGGGACUUAUCCAUGAUCCUGUGCGACCCCUUCGCCAUCAACACGCUCUCUCUCAGCACCAUCCGGCACCUGCAGGAGCUAGUGGGUCAGGAGACCCUGCCCAGGGACAGUCCUGACCUGCUCCUGCUGCUGCGCCUGCUGGCCCUGGGCCAGGGCGCCUGGGACAUGAUCGACAGCCAGGUCUUCAAGGAGCCCAAGAUGGAGGCGGAGCUUGUCACCCGCUUCCUCCCCAUGCUCAUGUCCUUGGUGGUGGAUGACCACACAUUCAGCGUGGACCAGAAGCUCCCUGCCGAGGAGAAGGCCGCCGCCACCUACCCCAACACACUGCCAGCCAGCUUCACCAAGUUUCUGCAGGAGCAGCGCACGGCCUGCGAGGUGGGGCUCUACUACGUCCUGCACAUCACAAAGCAGAGGAACAAGAACGCACUGCUGCGUCUGCUGCCCGGCCUGGUGGACACGUUCGGGGACUUGGCGUUCAGUGACAUCUUUCUGCACCUGCUCACGGGGAACCUGGCGCUGCUGGCGGAUGAGUUUGCCCUGGAGGAUUUCUGCAGCAGUCUCUUUGAUGGAUUCCUUUUGACGGCAUCGCCCAGGAGGGAGAAUGUACAACGGCACGUGCUGCGCCUGCUGCUGCACCUGCACCCCAGGGUGGCUCCGGCCAAGCUCGAGGCCCUGCAGAAGGCCCUCGAGCCCACAGGCCAGAGUGGAGAGGCGGUGAAGGAGCUCUACUCGCAGCUUGGCGAGAAGCUGGAGCAGCUGGACCAGCGCAAGACCAGCCCCGCACAGGCCCCGGAGACGCCAGCCCUGGAGCUGCCCCUGCCCCACGGGCCUGCCCCCACUGCGCUCUGAGGUUGGGUCCUCCCUGGCCCGGCCUGUGGGUACUCCUAAGAGGGUAGGGGCUGGGAGCACUUCCUGUUCCCCGAGUGGGGGCUGGAACACUUCCUGUUCCCUGAGGGGGGGCUGGAGCACUUCCUGUUCCUGGGGGGUGGCGGGCUGGAGCACCCUCCCCUCACUGAGGCCGCAGCAGGAGCGGCAGUGGAGUCUCAGCAGGUGCUGAGCAGGGGAGGGGGUCUCAGCCUCAGCCCGGGGGGGUCUGGUAAGCUGCUGCUGCUUGUAUAAAUAAAGGUGUUUU